UUGUCUUUGAUUCAUUCUUAGUUCGUACGCUAGCUUAGUUUGUAAGCCAUUGUAAAAUAAUAAUGUGAAUCUUGUGUCUCUCCCUCGUCAGUGUUGUUGUGCAUCGUUGUGUAAAGUUCAAAAUCUUUUAGUAUAUACAUUUACCUGCCCUCCGAAAAAGCAGUUCGUUAAAAAUGUCAGCCAUUCAAAAAGUCGAUCCAUGGAAGAUGCAGGAGGGAACGUUCACGAUGUUCGUGGCCGAGAUCAUCGCCACGGCGAGUCUAUUAUUUUUGGGCUGCAUGGGUGGCAUAGGCAUAUGGGGCUCCUCGCCACCGCCGCCGCUCCAGACCGCCAUGACGUUCGGCAUGGCGGUGAAUCUGCUCAUUAUGACGUACGGGCACUUGAGCGGGGCCCACAUGAAUCCGGCGGUGACGCUCGGGGCCGUCAUGAUCGGCCUGAAAUCGGCACCCACGGGACUGAUCUACGUCCUGGCGCAGUUCAUCGGCGCGACCAUAGGAUACGGCUUGAUUAAGAUAGUGACUCCGGUGCACUUGAUGAGCGACGGCAAUCCCGCCUCGACGGCCCCGCUCUGCGUCACGGUCAUUCAUCCGGAGAUUACGAUAGUCCAGGGCAUCUUGAUCGAGAUACUGUGCACGUCGCUGAUCCUGAUUGGCGCCUGCGCCACGUGGGAUCCGCGCUGCGCCCACACCACGGACUCCGUGGCAAUAAGGUUCGGCAUGGCCGUCGUCUCGAUUUCCCUUGCUGCGGCUCCUUAUACGGGCUGCAGCAUGAAUCCGGCGAGGACCUUCGCGCCGGCUUUGUGGAACGGAGCUUGGAAAGAUCAAUGGGUCUACUGGGUCGGUCCGAUGGCCGGGGGUGCCCUCGGCACGUCGGCUUAUCAGGUAUUGUUCGCCAUAAAGGAGGACGACGCCGACAAGACGCGAGACGAGGAUUACGAGUCGGUUAAGAUGUCCGAAAUCGCCACUAAUACUCCGGAUAUUUAAGCUUCGCGGCAUCGUUUCGAGUUUAUUGUACAUAUAUCGAUCGUUAAAAUAGUAUUGAAAUAAAAAUUUAUACAACAAUUUUUCUAUAACUUUUCUUUAUCGUAUACGCGAACGUUAAUGCACUUAAGAAUUAUAUUUUCCCCAUCGUAUCGAAGCAUUGACAUUGAAUUUUUCUCUCUCAAGUGUAGCGUGUGUAAUUACGAGUACUUACGAUUAUCGAGCGUAAAAAUUAGACGAUUUUAUUUACUCGUUACUCUUUUUUUCAUAAAAGUUGAGAGACAGUUAGGAACGAAGUGCAUAUACAAACGUUGUAAUAUGUCAGCGCGAUAUAAUUAAGCUCCGACACUUUCAUCGAUGUAUGCAACGACUAUACUCACUUUUUAUUUUUAAUCGGAUCGCGAUCGCGUUUCAUGUUACAUUAAUUUUUUUCUUCUCUAUCGUCUAUUAACGUCCGCACGAGCUUUCUGAUCUUCAGUCGCGCGCGUCUGGGUCAUUCGCCGCGCGCGUAUAAUAUACUUUCCCGGAUUUGAAUCUUAAGUUAUGCAUCGAGUUUUAAUUUCACUUAUUAAAUAUUAAAUAUAUGCGUCGUUUUGCGCCAAAGAAAAUCGAGCAACAAAAACAAACGCAAAACAUACAUGGUAAAAGACAAAAAGCUCCGAGUCGUAAGCAAGAUCGUGAAGUACACGGCUUGAUUUCGUAAUAACCCAAGAUAUAGAGAGGCGGCGGCGGCGGCAGCUAAGGUGCAUUAUGUCAGCGAGCGCGCAGACAGCUUAUCAGGCGUCGUUGCGUAUAAACGUAUGCAUAAAACAUGCACCACAGUAAGUACCGUGUGUGCAGCUGUGAGGUGACACAGGACUAGAUGUGUAUAAUCGCGGGAUAAGACAGCAGCCGGCAGAGAAAGCCGUGAGACUCGUUUCGGUUAAAGGACUCCUCUCUUAUAGCUGCACACUUCAUGCAACGCGACGACCCAAUUGUUCUUCUUCGUACUGCCUAUCUAUCGCGUGCACACGUGUUAAACGACGACGACGCGGAGGUGCAGCAGUUUGUAACAACAUCGUAUAAGAGCGAGAGCGAAUCUUUCACUCGAGCGCAGCUUAUACAAUGUGUGAGCAUUUCCGAGGCCGGUUUAUAUGUACGUG